GCCGUGAUUGCCUUGGUAUGACUCUAGACAUUCACUGAUAUCAUCGAGAUUCAAGUUCAGAACUCGGGACGUUCAAGUCAGCAAUUGCUCCUGUCAUCCAGGAGUAAUCCUUUGUUGCAUGGCACCUGGCCCCCCCUAGUGCCCUCUGUGUCACGUGUUUAGGGGCUUGGCACCUGGGCAUGUUUCACCGCUAUAUAAGCUCCUCCGGACACUCAAUUCAUGCUCCUCAGAGAGCGCAUUCUGCACUGCGUUAUCUUUAACUUCAGUCAUGAUGGAGUCCCACUCUAAGCCAGAGGUCUAUGACCUCCUCGUUUUAGUCGAUGCGACAUACUCGAUGAGCUCUUAUUUGAAUUCACUCCAACACUCUCUCCCUCAAAUUAUCGAGAUCUCAACUCUUACAGACUGCUUCUCCAGAAUCGGACUUCUGGCUUACCGCGACUACUGCGAUCAACAGCUGCUAGAGUGGUCAGGAUGGCUUUCCCCAUCGACUUCACUGUCCCGGGAUUCACAGGAUCAGCAGAUAGAUUUGAUCAAAAUGGCCAAGAAGCUCGAACCUAUUGGAGGUGGAGAUGGCCCUGAGGCGACCAAGACCGGUCUGGCUAUGGCGUACGAGCUGAUGAGAACUGACGCCUGUACCAUCAUAUUGCUGUAUACUGACGCUCCCCCACAUACACCAUUCAAUGGCGACACCUCCGACUCCUGCUCAAACUUGGGCCCAGAACGCAAGGCACUCAAAAUGGAAACCUCCUACGGUGGCUUCGGACCCCAUUUCGUCGACUGGGUCUCCGCAUCCAAGUGGCUUUCCGGACGAUCUGGGGAGAAGAAAGCCCAAGUCUUUUCCAUCCUCGAGAAAGAUAUGCCUUUUGCCUACGCUGGAUACUACAACUACCUGUCUGCAAUGACCGGCGGUGCGGCUUUCUAUUUGACGGACUCGAAGCCAGCAAGCAUUUCGAAAGUGACUGUGGAGGUCCUCCUAGCCUGGAUGGGUGCGGAGAAAGCUGGUACAUCGGCAAAUAUAGAAUUUCCAGCCUAUCUGACGCGGUAUAUCUCCAUCAAUGGUAUGAAGAAGCUCCUGAAUGAGCGGGACCCGGAUGCACAGCCAUUCUUCUUGGCCACCCAUUCACGUUCUGCAGCGAGUGGUGAGAACAUUACGAAAAUACGAUGUACCGCUGAAGUCCUAAAGAAGCAUCUGCCUGGACUGAAAGAAACUCCAGUUUUAGACUUCGCGAAGCGCUAUUCUGUCGACGAGCGAUACAAGAAGACUGCGAUCGAGCAUUUGCAGAAGAUUAUUGCUGAGGACGUCGCCACAAUCUCUCUUAAUCCAGUCUUUGGCUCACUAUGGAGGGCGGUUUGUAACGAUCGAGAGAAUCCAGCACGUGACGAGGCCAUAACUGCUUUCGGCCAUCAAGUCGAUCGCAUCCAGAACGGAGAUGAGAAAGCUCGAAUGAAAGCGUGGCUAGAAGAAUCAUACGACUAUACUACUGAGGUGACGGAAGCCAUUGAGUCAGUUCCAGCUUCUCAACGCUUCCCGUGCGUCUGUCUGGAUCCAACUCUGGUCUUCACCCACGAAACCGACGAGGAUGAAGAAGAAUCAAAGCCUAUCACGUCCUUCCGACGCGACGAGCUGCUUGAAAUCGGUCGGUCUUGCGAUUACAGAAUCCUGCGUCGUCUCGGUCGAGUAUUGACACGCCUGACGUACAUCAAUUCCGCCGAGGAGAUGCCUGCACAUAUUGCUGCUGCUUCGGAAACGGAAACGCCAAGAAUCCCUAUGGCACUUGCAUCAACAGAGUUCAAGCGCAAGUUUUGGAAGAUCUUGCUUCACAUUGUGGUCCCUGGCACAAUGCUUGGAGCACGCCCAGCUGCAUUACUUGCAGCGCUCAGCAUCCGACUGGGAGUCAAGCCUCUUCAAGAAGCAGCUGACCAGGAGAUGCUAUUGUGGCGAGACCGAUGGAACAAUAUCGAAGUUCCUGAAACAUGGAAUACGAGCUGCCUGUCUCUAUUACUGGAUGCUGAUUCAGCGUAUCAGAAGAGGCAAGCAGAGAAGCCAGAAGCUGUUACAGAUACUACCAAGCAGGCGGAGACUUUGCUAAAGUAUUCGGAUCGAGCGCUGUUUGACUGCCUCGUCACUUACAAGCUGCUUGAGAUGAAUCUCGAAACAGAAUUGACUGCCCGAAUUGGAUGGACACCAGGGAAGACCCCGGUACCAAUGGGUCCAACAGCUAUUUGUCGAUCUUGCGACUUCCCCCGUUCAGUCACUAUCAUGGGUUUGAAUGGAAAGUGCGGGCUUUGUUUAGGGGUCGAAACGGUUGAAGCGGAUACAAAGACGUCUGCCGCAGAACGCAAAGCAGCCAAGGAUGCUAUCGCAGCACGAGUCACCAAGGAAGACAAAGAAACCACUCCACUCGUGUGGGUCGAAUGCAACAUCAGGACUUGCCGAGCUCAAUACGUCGUUUAUCGCCCUGAAGCAUUGAAUGUCAAGCCAAAGUGCUAUUAUUGCCGGACCAACAGCAAGACGCCAGCUCCAUUUGUCGAAUGCACAGAUUGCCUGAACCGAGUGAUCUACCCAAUGUCCUAUCGUCCAACGGAUAUGAAGGACUUCAAAUGCUACGCGUGUGCUAACGGCCGAAAGACAGUCGUCACCGUCGAAACCACAGCCAACAAGCUGACCGACGAGAACACCACUGCCUGGCUAUUGAAAAACGAGAACAAGAAAAUCGCUGAGCCAUUCAGCAAGCGCUCUCUCUUUCAUACAAUCGCCAAAGCUGGUGCUGCAGAUUUUACCACCAAAGUCGAGGUCUUUCCAGAAUAUCAGAACCUGAAGCUCGCCCUAAAUGGCAAGCUGGUUCGCAAUGUUCCAGAGCUCGUGGAAGAACUGAAAUCCUGGAUCUCCCGCCGGAAGACAGAGUCCGGGACCUGCUCGCUCUGUUUCUCAUCAUUUAAAAAAUCCGAUGUACUGCGAGCGUGUGGCAGAACGGGGUGUUCGCAGCGGAUAUGUAAGGGUUGUCUGAAGGGUUGGUAUGGUCUCAACGGGUGCGGUCGAAUUAUCAACACUGCUGCUCUUUCUUGCCCAUUUUGUCGUCGCGACCCAACAGCGAAGACUCUCGCCAAGUACGGAAUGGGCAUCCACGCAGUCGGUGACCUAGCCAUUGCCGUCAGAGACAAAGGACAGUGGAUCUCAGCAUGGUGCCGUCAAUGUGGCUACGCCAAGCGGUACAUUGAGCGCGUAUGCGCAGCCGGAGCACCAGUCGAAUUGCAAGACUGGGUGUGUGAUGACUGCAAAGAUCAUAAGGGCGAUAAGAUCAAGAAAUGCCCGGGCUGUGGUACAAUGACCGAAAAAACCUCUGGUUGCGACCAUAUCACAUGCACAGUCGAUGGUUGUGGAACGCACUGGUGCUUCUUUUGUGGGGGGAAGUUCGACGAGAACGCAAUUUAUACUCACAUGUCUACUGAACAUGGUGGUUAUUAUAAUGGUGGUGAGGAUGAAGAACCGGAUGAAGAAGAGGAUGAAGACUGAUAAUUAGGUGGAAGCGCAUUGUUCUCUGUUGGUUCGGAAUUUUGAGUUACGGCUGGUGAUCAACAUCUGAUUGCGCUCGAUAAUCAUGUCAUUUGAGAUUGAUAAAACGAUUUAUCGACGUUUCAAACAUUGCCCUUUUUUAGGUAGUAUAUUUCAGGUAUGAAUCUUCUUUCCGAGCUCGGAACACUGACAUUUGUUGUUCACCUUGUUUAAAACAUUUCUGGACAUUAGCAAAG